ACGGGCUAGGAGACGUGGCACCGGGAACAUCAGUAGCUACUCCUCAGCAGCACGCUCUUUACCGGCCAGCACCAAGCCGUUCGAGACGACUUUCUUCCCCUCAGGGCUGUACGAUCGAGAUAAUGGCGUCAAAUAACAGUCAGGUUGGAAAGUGGGAAGUCGUGAAAAAAAGCAAGAAACCGGGCACCGCCGGCAGCGGAGGGAAAAAUCCCGGGGAGAAGAAAGCUGGAAGGAAAGCUCUGAGCGAAUCCAACAUGACGAGGAUCGACCAGCUACCUCCCCUGGUGACAUCGGGGACGUUGUUUGAGGCUUUUGAGAAGAUGGGGAAGAAGCAUAAUAAGGAGCAGGUUCCUCCAGCCGAGCCCAGCAACAAGAAGCCUUCAGCGGGCAGACAGAAGGCCAAGCUCCCCCCUGUCUCUACACAGACACACAGCACACACAAGACCCUGGAGGAUGCAUUCAAAGCUCUGGACGUGGGGGAGCUGAAGCAGCAGUUGGACCGGAGCCAGACUCUGUUUCCUGACAACCCGUCAGUCUGGGUCAAAGACCUGGCAGGAUACCUCAACCACGCCCUGGCUGCUCCAGAGACUGAACCCACCCUCAGCAGCUACACACACGAUUACCCAUACUGCCUUGCGGGGAAGGAGCUGAGGGGCGUGGUCAAAGCUUUGAUUGGUCGCUGCAACGAGAGUCUACAGGACUUCUACGACCACUGUGUUUACACCAUGCUGAGAGAACUGGACAAACAGACAGGAGAGCCUCUCCAUGGUUACCGGGUGUGUAUCCAGGCCAUCCUACAAGACAAGCCCAGAAUGGCAACACAGAACCUUCCUGAGUAUCUGGAGUUGCUGCGGUCAGUUCAGAACCGUCCGGUCAAGUGUCUGACAAUCAUGUGGUCUCUGGGACAAGCUGGCUACUACGACCUCAGCCAGGGGCUACGAGUAUGGCUGGGUAUCAUGCUGCCAGUCCUGGGGGUGAAGGCCCUGUCCUCCUACGCCAUCGCAUACUUGGAGAGACUACUGCUGCUCCACGUUAACUUGACUAAAGGUUUUGGGGUCAUGGGACCUAAAGACUUCUUCCCUCUGCUGGACUUCGCCUACAUGCCGAAGAAUGCCCUGUCACCAAGCCUCCAGGAGCAGCUGUGUCGUCUGUACCCUCGUCUGAAGGUGUUGGCUUUUGGGGCGAAGCCCGAGAUGACCCUCCACACCUACCUGCCCUCCUUCCUGUCCCGGGCCACGCCCCACUGCCCUGAUGAUAUGAAGAGAGAGUUGCUCAGCUCUAUGACGGAGUGUCUAUCUGUGGACCAUCAGAGUCUGGGGGUCUGGAGACAGCUCUACACCAAACACUUACCACAGUCCAGUCUGCUGCUAAACCAUCUACUGAAGUCCUGGAACACUCUGCCACCCAAGUUGCGCGGUUCGCUGCAGGAGACGGUCCAGUCAUUCAGAGUGACCAAUGAGGAGCUGAGAGACACGGCUAACUCUACUGACCUACAGGACUGUAACAAGCUCUGUCACUGUCUCCAGUUGAAGAUGUUAGGACGAGGGUUCCCCUGGUCCAGACUCUUCAUGGCUUUACUGGUGUUUGCUGCCGGGUUCAUUACACACGACAUCCGAUCACAUGGAUCCUUCACAGACUCCACCACAGCAAGCUAUCUCCACAGUUCAGGGGUGAUGGGCGUGUCUCAACAGGCCUGGAGCAAAGUCACUCUCUACUCACAUCAGGGCUUCAGCUGGCUGGACACCAAUACUCCCUACUACUACUCCGAGUGUGUUCGUGUGUUGAGUCCGGUACUGGAGCAGAACUGGGAGAGAACUAAAGCUGCUGCCAUCUACAUCUCACGACUCACAACACAACUCAUUGACUGGAUCUAUCACAACACACCCCUACUAGUACACUGGCUGAGUUCCAGCACUCCGGACAGUGUGUUCCUGCUGAUUGACUACCUGAAGCAGCUGCUACUGUUCCUCCAUACCAACUACCUGCUUCCAGCUCUCACACACACCUCCCAUCUAAUAGUACAGGCCUGGACGGCACUGCACGACUCCUGCAGUGGAGAGGUGUCUGUAUCAUGUCUCCAGACCUACGCCCUUUCUCUGACCAACUCUACCUGGCUCCUGCUGCAAGACACCACCAACGCCAUCAAGUCCUGGAUACAAGACCGGCUCCAGACCUGAUACACACACAUAUACUGAUACACACACACACACAUAUACUGAUAUACACACACACACAUACACACACACACAUAUACUGAUACACACACACACACACACACACGUACUGAUACACACACACACACACACACACACACACACACACACACACAUAUACUGAUACACACACACACACAUACACGUACUGAUACACACACACACACACACACACACACACACACACACACACACACAUAUACUGAUACACACACACACACACACACACACAUAUACAGAUACACACACACACACACACACACACAUAUACUGAUACACACACACACACACACACACACACACACGUACUGAUACACACACACAUAUACUUUAUGCACAUACACGCUUUAAACACACAGUCUGAGACUCUUUGCUUGCAUUGCUUUGGCCUCCUCCCUCCUCCCUUAGCCAUCUCUCUCUGACUCUCUCAUGGGCUUUAUUGGCAUGGGAAAUGUGUUUUACAUUACCAAGGGAAAUAACCAACAGUCUGUCACUAGCGAGGGGAAAUAACCAACAGUCUGUCACUAGCGAGGGGAAAUAACCAACAGUCUGUCGCUAGCGAGGGGAAAUAACCAACAGUCUGUCGCUAGCGAGGGGAAAUAACCAACAGUCUGUCACUAGCGAGGGGAAAUAACCAACAGUCUGUCACUAGCGAGGGGAAAUAACCAACAGUCUGUCACUAGCGAGGGGAAAUAACCAACAGUCUGUCACUAGCGAGGGGAAAUAACCAACAGUCUGUCACUAGCGAGGGGAAAUAACCAACAGUCUGUCACUAGCGAGGGGAAAUAACCAACAGUCUGUCACUAGCGAGGGGAAAUAACCAACAGUCUGUCACUAGCGAGGGGAAAUAACCAACAGUCUGUCACUAGCGAGGGGAAAUAACCAACAGUCUGUCACUAGCGAGGGGAAAUAACCAACAGUCUGUCACUAGCGAGGGGAAAUAACCAACAGUCUCUCACUAGCCGGUAGGCUAGUCUACAUGAGGACAUUAUUAUGGAUCAGAGAGGAUGCUGGUAGGCUAGUCUACAUGAGGACAUUAUUAUGGAUGAGAGGAUGCUGGUAGGCUAGUCUACAUGAGGACAUUAUUAUGGAUCAGAGAGGAUGCUGGUAGGCUAGUCUACAUGAGGACAUUAUUAUGGAUGAGAGGAUGCUGGUAGGCUAGUCUACAUGAGGACAUUAUUAUGGAUCAGAGAGGAUGCUGGUAGGCUAGUCUACAUGGGGACAUUAUUAUGGAUCAGAGAGGAUGCUGGUAGGCUAGUCUACAUGGGGACAUUAUUAUGGAUCAGAGAGGAUGCUGGUAGGCUAGUCUACAUGAGGACAUUAUUAUGGAUGAGAUGAUGCUGGUAGGCUAGUCUACAUGAGGACAUUAUUAUGGAUCAGAGGAUGCUGGUAGGCUAGUCUACAUGAGGACAUUAUUAUGGAUCAGAGAGGAUGCUGGUAGGCUAGUCUACAUGAGGACAUUAUUAUGGAUCAGAGAGGAUGCUGGUAGGCUAGUCUACAUGGGGACAUUAUUAUGGAUCAGAGAGGAUGCUGGUAGGCUAGUCUACAUGAGGACAUUAUUAUGGAUCAGAGAGGAUGCUGGUAGGCUAGUCUACAUGGGGACAUUAUUAUGGAUCAGAGAGGAUGCUGGUAGGCUAGUCUACAUGAGGACAUUAUUAUGGAUGAGAGGAUGCUGGUAGGCUAGUCUACAUGAGGACAUUAUUAUGAAUCAGAGAGGAUGCUGGUAGGCUAGUCUACAUGAGGACAUUAUUAUGGAUGAGAGGAUGCUGGUAGGCUAGUCUACAUGAGGACAUUAUUAUGGAUGAGAGGAUGCUGGUAGGCUAGUCUACAUGAGGACAUUAUUAUGGAUCAGAGAGGAUGCUGGUAGGCUAGUCUACAUGGGGACAUUAUUAUGGAUCAGAGAGGAUGCUGGUAGGCUAGUCUACAUGGGGACAUUAUUAUGGAUCAGAGAGGAUGCUGGUAGGCUAGUCUACAUGAGGACAUUAUUAUGGAUGAGAGGAUGCUGGUAGGCUAGUCUACAUGAGGACAUUAUUAUGGAUCAGAGAGGAUGCUGGUAGGCUAGUCUACUUGAGGACAUUAUUAUGGAUCAGAGAGGAUGCUGGUAGGCUAGUCUACAUGAGGACAUUAUUAUGGAUCAGAGAGGAUGCUGGUAGGCUAGUCUACAUGAGGACAUUAUUAUGGAUCAGAGAGGAUGCUGGUAGGCUAGUCUACAUGGGGACAUUAUUAUGGAUCAGAGAGGAUGCUGGUAGGCUAGUCUACAUGAGGACAUUAUUAUGGAUCAGAGAGGAUGCUGGUAGGCUAGUCUACAUGGGGACAUUAUUAUGGAUCAGAGAGGAUGCUGGUAGGCUAGUCUACAUGAGGACAUUAUUAUGGAUGAGAGGAUGCUGGUAGGCUAGUCUACAUGAGGACAUUAUUAUGAAUCAGAGGAUGCUGGUAGGCUAGUCUACAUGAGGACAUUAUUAUGGAUGAGAGGAUGCUGGUAGGCUAGUCUACAUGAGGACAUUAUUAUGGAUCAGAGAGAUAUUUGUCAAAUGUCAGUGAAGCAUCGAUCAUGUCACCAGGAUAAGACCCUGGAUAUUUAUUGUAAAGCAGCAUCAAGCUCAUCACCGUGCUCUUUCAGCCCCCUGGGAAGUUCUUCAUAACUUAUUUCAUGUGUCGCCUAAUAAACUGCAUGGUUUCCUGAGUCGUAGUGGGAGGAUCACACAUGUCACGCAACUCCAACUUUACUUAUGAUGGUUAUUAUAUCAGUAUUUGCAUAGUAAGUCAUUUCCACCGCCUUGUCUUGCAUAAUACAUUUUACAGACACAAACAGAUCUAUCUCUCUCUCUCUCAGAUCCUCUCCCUCUAUCUCCACCUCCUCUCUCUGGGAUCCCCUCCCUCUCUUUUCUAUAAAGACUGAUUUAUAAACGUGUUGUUUAUUAGAGGGAGGGUUAUAAGCGCUGUAUUCAGGGUCAUAAACUGGUUAUUCAUGUUUAUAAAUAUAGGAGCUUUGUUAAGGGGGAGGGGGCGUCUUGCUCCUGAAAUCAAACCCUCUCUCUUCGUCUCCUCCUGUCUCUCCGUUCUCCUCGUCUCUCUCCUCUCUCUCCUCGUCUCCUCCUGUCUCUCCGUUCUCCUCGUCUCUCUCCUCUCUCUCCUCGUCUCCUCCUGUCUCUCUCCUGUCUCUCCUCCCCUGACAGUGCUAACCCACUGAGCUAAUAAACACUGAGACUGGACUAGUGCUGCUUCGCUCUGUUUACUUGAAGGCUGAUGUUCUGUGUGAUGGACCUCCGUCCUAGUCCCCCCUCCCCUUUCUCCCUGUUACGACUGAUUUAUGUAGGGUUUCUGUUGUUAAUUUGUUACUUUAUACAUAUGUAAAUGAUUUCUAAUAAAGACUCCAGCCCCA